AUGAUAAAAGAGACAUAAGAAUAGCUACAAUAAAUGAAUAAAAAUGGGUUUGAAACAGAAUAAAGCUAACUGUAAAGUGCUGUUAAAGUUUAAUGUAUUUGCUUAUUUAAUAUGGGAAUUUUAGUUUAUAACCAAUAAAAUUAUAAAUAAUCUAUUGAUUACAUAAAAAAAUCUUUUGAAGUAAUUGAGUAAUUUAAUCUAACUCAUGAGCUUUAAAAUCUCUAUUUUGACUUUAAAAAUAAAUAUUUAGAGACAAAAGAAAGGCUUUUAGAUUAUGAAAAGACAAAUAAAUUAUUAAGUACUUCUUUUUAAUCUCUUCCACUUUCUCCAAUUUCACCUUUAGUUUCUUUUGUUUAAUCUAGUUAAAAUGCUUUUUAUAAACAUUUUAUUACUGAAAGUUAAAAUAUUUCAGGAAGCUCUAGCCUUGGUAUUAAAAGUACUUUAAAAUAUUCUAAUAAUUAAGAUUAGAACAUAAAGGAAAACAAAGAAAUAUUAGAGUAGUAACAAGUGCAAUUUAUUAAAUUCAACUAAAAAAAUUAAGCAAAAUCACCUAACCUUAAAUAGGUAAGAGUAAUUGAAAAUAAUUCAUAAGGAAUACGAUUUUAAUCCCCAUAAAGGUAAUUGGUAAAUAUAAGCACUUAAAAGUAAGGUCUUAGAUCUCUAUCACCACCCAAAAAUAGACUAAUUAUAUAAAAAUAGAAUGAAAAUUAAUUGUCAGCAUAAACUUAAUUUGAUAAUGUACAAUAAAUUUCAAUUAUUUAAGAAUCAAGUAAAAAAAGCUAAGAUUUAGAAUAGUCAAUUUAAAUUUCUUACCCUGAUACUUAAAAAGAGCAAAAUGAAAAAGUUAUCACUGCAUUAAUAAAAAAAACAUAAUGUUAGCCUACGUAAAUAAAUCGUAUUGAUGUAAUCAAAGAUUAAAAUGAAAAGGAAAGAGUAGCCAAAGUGAAAAAUACUUUGAAGGUUUUAGAUUAAGAAUUAAAAGUAAAAAGAGUAGAUAGCAUAAGGAAUAAAAUUGAAAUAUUUCCUAAUCAUAUUAUUAAAGAUAACUUACAACACAUCUAAUUUUAAGCUAGGUAAAUGUCACCUUCAAGGUUUUGUUACAGAAAUAAUAUAGUUAGAUAAACUAAUUUGGAUAGAUUGUUAGAUAGCCAUAUUUAAAGUUAAUCAAGAGAUGAAUACAAAAGCUACAAACUAAGCCAACUUAAAUUUGAAAAUGAUUUAGAAACUAUUAAGAUAAAUUUAAGUUGGUCAAGCAGCUCAGAUUGUGAUGAUAGAGAGUAUAAUCAAAAUAUAAAUGCAAUUAAUAAAAGAGAGGAUUUUUUGCUUGACAUUGAUAAAAGAGAGAGGUUAUAAUUUUUAUUAGGAAUAAAUUAAUAAAUAUAAGAAAAAGAGUAUUAAAAAUGGUAAAUCUAAUAAUAAGAGAUACUUAGAUAAAGCAAACUUGAAGAAAUAAGGAAGAAAAUAAAAGCCAGAUAGAUAAUAAAACAUAUUUAAUAAUUUAGAUUUAAACUCGUUGAAAGUAACAAAAAUAGAUUAAUAACUGAAACUUAGAGAUUAAAAUAAGAAAUGGUUUAGAAAAAUUUUUUCUUACUUAAAUUUUAUGUUGUGCUAAUGAAAUAUAUUCAAAAGCAAAAAUAAUAAAGUGAACUUUUUAAAAAUGAAAAAAAAAAUAUUGUGCAGACUUUUGUUAAGUUAAGAAUCUAUUAAGAUAAUAAGUUUAUUAAUGAAGAUUAUUUUGUAAAAACCGUUUAGCUUGAAGGAUAGGAGAGUUAAAGAAUUAAAUUUUAUGUUACAUUAAUAUCUAAACAAAAUGCAAAAGAGAGAUUUUCAAGCAUUUUUACAUCAGAUGAAAUACUCAUGAACUUAAAUUUAAAUAGAUGCAAAAAUUAGGUAGCUUACACCAUUAGUACUUUAAAAUGCUCAUUUAUAACCUAAGUCAGUCCUUUUAUAAUUAUUGAAAACAAUUAAGUCGUAAUUGAUUGGAAUAGUUAAAAGAAAUAAAAUUUUGAAAAAAUGAGCUAGAAUAACGUUAAAGAAGAUCCAUUUGUGUUCGAAGAAAGCAUUUAAAUGUGCAGCAAGCUCUUAAAUCAAAGCAGUGCUAAUUUGAUUAACUUUCUCAAUAGAAAGAAAAGUUUUACAGGGAAAUUAUAUAAUAUGCUUGAAAAAACUAUAUAAUUACAAAAUUAUUUUAGGAGACGAAUCUGCUAAAGUAGGUUCUAAGCACUUAUUGAAAAUUCUAAAAAAAGAAUAAAGCAACAAACAUUAAAAAAAGGAACAUAUUACGACAAUUUUAGUAAUAAAUAUUAUGAAAUCCUGUUAGUGAAAAAUGAAAAUGAUUUCUAUUUAAAAUCGAUAGAUUUGUAAAGAAACUAAAAUAAAAGUCGUUUUAAGCUAACUCAAGAAGUUGCUGCAGAAAUAUAAAAAUCACUAAAAUACUCUUGGGUAGAAUAUGUUUCCUUCACAGAAGAGGGACAGCUCUUGUAUUCAAAUAUAAAUAGUUCAUUUAUCAAUAAAAGAUUAAAGGAGGUAUAUAAGCAAACUAAGUAAAUUUUCAAUCAAGAUAAGCUAAAAUCACUUAUAAAAAUUUAAUCUUUCGUGAAAUCAAGUCUAUAAAGAACUUUAUUCAAAUUGCAUCUUAGAAAAUUUAGAGAAGACUAGCAGAAUGGAAUAUGGGUUUAAAAAAAAAGAAUAAAAAUGAUCGUAGAUGAGAAGUGUGUAGUUAAUUUUACAAUUGAUUAAUGCAGAAGUAAGGUAUAAAUAAAAGCAAUGCUUUAAAAUAUCUAAAGAAGAAAUUGCUUAGUAUCUAAAAAUGUUGAAGUAAAAGAAUUACAUAUUUAAGGAUAUUACUCUAAUGAAGAAAUUUAAAUAUUGUUGAAUAAAACAAUCAGUUUAACUAAAGCUUAAUUUGACUUGAAAAAUUAAUUAACGAUUGAUUCUCCUGAAAUAGAAGUUCUAAUUAAGAGCUCAAACUUAUUGCCAUCUAUCUCUUAUGAAAAGAUUAAAAAUAUUUAAAAUAGAAUGGCAGUAAGUAAAAGUUUGACAAAAAAAUUAAUGUAGUAAAAACCUAUUAAAAAUAAUAUAAGUUUUAAAAGGAAUUAUUAAUAUUGUGAGCUUAUUGAUAGAAAAAAGAUAGUAUCAAAAUAUGAUAAAGCUGAGAAGCUACUUGAUCAGUUAUUUGAAAGGAGUGUAGAGGCUUACUUAAUUAACGGAUAACAUCAAAAAAAUAAUAUCGAAAUGAAUAGUAAUUAUAAUAAAAUUUUUAAUAAAUAAUCAAGCUUUGAUAACUUUUAUCUGAAUGAUAAGACAUUGUUGUUAAAACUAAUUAAAAGUUCUUAAAUACUUUUAGUUAAUUCUCUAGUAGAUAAUUUUAAUAAACUGAUUCCUUCUUACAACAAAGGUAAGAUCUCAAAGAGAUGGAAAGAUGUAAAUUAAUACAAUUUUACCUUGAAGGCAGAGUAAAUAAACAUGAUAAAUAAAUCUAAAAUAUUAUUAAAUGAUUUUGGAUUUGAAGAUCAAAAUAAAAACUAAAUUAGAUGUGAAGUAUAUUGCUGCAAAGAAGAUAAGUAAAUAAUCAUAUUCAGUAAUAAGCUUCUAGAUAAAAAAAAUAUGCAAUAAAAUUUAUUCAUCAUUAAUUUGGCCUAAUUAGGUUUGUAAGAUCAUUUGCUUUUUAAAGAUUAUUUUAGUAUUCGAAAAGUAGUUAUGAAUGCACUCAAUUAGAAGUUGAAAUACUAUAAAAAUUAAUUUUCGCUAAUGAAUGUUUCAGCAAAUAGCAAAAGUCACGAAUUUUAAACCAAUUAAAAGAUUCAUUUUAAUGAUAAAGGAAAUUAUUUUUCUAACUCAGAUGAAAAUAAAAUCAUUUAAUAUUUCCCUUUAACAUUUUGGGAAAUUAAAUUUUAACUCAUCAAAUAAAAUAAUAAAAUAAUUUUCUUUGACAAGGAAUAUGAGUAUUUACAAUUUUUGUAACAGCAUGAAUGCCUAAAAGCAAAUCUUUAAGAAGUAAAAGCUUAAAAUAAACUGUGGGAAAGAGAAUUUAUUUUUAUUACAAGUGAAUAUUUUUAUAAUGAGAAAAAUGACAUAGAAUAUUUUAUUGACUCAUUUCUUAACAUAUCUCAAAGGAAAAUAAAUAUUAUAGCAUAUUCGAAUAAUUAAAACUGGAAAAUAUUUAUUGGAGAAGUUUUAUUAUUUUAAAUUUACCCUAAAUUACAUGCAUAAGUAUCUAAAUAAAUAUCUUUUUUGCAGACUGUUUUACAUGAAGAUAGAGAGCAAAUAAGAAAUUUACUGUUUAAAAUAUCACAUUUAAUAUUUUAGCAAACACAAAUAAUUUAAAUUGAAAAUACAUUUAGCUUAAAUUUAAACACUUAGCUAUACGAAAAUGUUAGAUAAUAGAUUUUAGUUUGUAAACUUUAAGCUUUAGUAAAAUAAAAAAUUUAUCAGAAUGCUUACAAUCUAAAAAAACAACAUAAAGAUAAGAUUAUAAUUUUUAUUUGCAGAAUAUUAUAUCUAGAAGAUAAAAAUUAUAUAUUUGAUCUUAUUGUCAAGCUAAAUAUUCUUUAGAAUAUAUUAUUUAUAGAAGGAUUCAAGAUAUAAAGAGAAAACAGUUAGCAAAAAUAAGAAAUUUUGUAUUCGUUUGAUCUAAAAAAAGUAUAAAAUAUAGCAAAAUAAAUAUAAAAUUAUUCUUUGAUCAAAGAUUAUAACUAAAUAAAAGAAAUUCUUAAAGUUUAUGCUUAUAAUUCUUUAAGGGAAUAGUUUAAAAAAGAAAUGUUUUAAAAAAAUUAAGUUACUAAAAUAGAUUAUGUAAAUUCAGUGAUAAAACUUUAAAAAUUUUGGAGACAUAAAUUUGUUAAAGAUCAAAUAUUGACGAAAAAACUAUUCCUUAAAAAUAAAAAUUAGCAAAAUAAGAUUAAAAAGUUUAUUGGCUAUAAAAACAAAAAAUAUUUUUAUGUAUAAUUUCAAGAAGAUAAUUCUAAAAUUUCAGUAAAAGCUCUCCAAUUAGAUAAUAAGAAAAAGACCUAUAGUGGAUAAGUUGAAGAAAACUAGGAAAACUUUCAUUUUAAUAAGACUGGAGAAAAUAAAUUUUAGUACCUUUGGAAAAAAGCCAAUUUACAAAAAAAAGAUUAAAAAAUAGUAUUUAAUUUUACAGAGAACUAAAUUAGUAGCUAAGAUAAUCUAUAAUUUGAAAAAAAGACACAAAUAUCUCCUUAAAAAAAUUUUGAUUUAACAGUAGUUUAUAAUAAAGGAUAAAAAAUUAUUUAAAAUAUAGAGGAUAUUACAGAAAAAUCAAACAAUUUCUAAAUAAAAAAGUUUAUUAAGGAAUAAAAAUUAUUUUCACAAUAUAACAAAGAAGAAAUAUCAGAUGAAGAAUCAGUAAAAGAAUAGAGUCCUUUAGAAGAAAAAAAUAAUUAAGAUGCUUUUAUUAUCAAUGUAAACAUUAAUAGUGUAAAGUAAUUAAAUAGAAAUGGAAUAUAUGGUAAGAGCAAAAAAAAUAAAAAGUAAACUUUACCAGUACAACAAAUUGCUGAAGAAAUAGCUUAAAAUAUAUAAAUAUAUAACGAUGGAUCUAUUAUUAUGGAUUGUAGCUCUAUAAAUUCUUAAGCAAUCUAGAUUAGCUAAGUGUGUAGGAAAAACAACUAUUUUUAAAAUUAAUCAGAUAAAUAAGAAUAACCUAUGUUGGAAGACAAUUAGUUAGUAAUUAAACCUGUUGUUUAGUGCAUUAAAAGGGUCUUAAAAAAGGGUAUUUUGUAUUCGGAAUCUAGGUAGAGAGUAAAUGUUAUUGUUUAAGAAUAUUAAGAAGAUUAAAACAGUUUUUUAAGAAUUUAAACUGAGUAAAUGUAUUACAAAUGUAAGAAUUUUUUUGUUAUUGAAGUGCUUGAUUAAAAUUACAAGAGUAUUUUAUAAUGGACUUUAGAUUACAUAUAAUUUGAAACUUUGAUAUUUAUUUCAAGAGAAAAUAAAUUAUAUUUAAGCUAAGAAAAAGCUUUCAAUUUAUUUAUGAGCUCGCUGCUAUUUUAUUAAAAUACACUUAUUGUUGAGCUUAAUGAUAGCAUAAACCUUUAAGUUUUUCGCAAUAGACCUCGUGAGGUUUUACUUAUCAAUAAAAAGUGUAUUAGAACCUUCUAAUAAAGAGCAAGAGAAAAACUAGAAUAUAUAAGAAUUUAUAAAAUAAAGGAAGAAUGGAGGUAGCUGAAGCCAUAAACAAUAACAGAUUUUAUUUGCUGCAUAGAAAUUAAAAGACAUUACAUAGAAUAAAAUGAAAAAAUUAUUAAAGAAGUUUACUAUAAAAAUGAGAUCAAUUAAAAAUAAAAAUAAGAUUCUAUAAAAAUAGAUUAUCUCAAAUUUAUUAUUUAUGAUACAGCAGAACAUAAUUAUAUUUUAAAAUGCUGGGAUUUAAGUGACUAUUCUUCCUUUUAGUCAAUUUUAAAUCUUAAAUAUUUGAGAUAAACUAAAUAAUCAAAUCAAGUAAAUAUUGCAAGCUUAAUUUAGAGAAAUAUUUUGGUUAACUCUGACGAUAUUUCUGAUUAACCUAGUUCAUUUUUUUAUCAUUAAUCAGAAGAAUUUCAUUAGAGCGAUUUUUUAUAAUUCAAACUGAAUAAUUUCUUUGUUACCAUAAAUUUGGGAAGUCUUAGAAGAUAACUAAGAGAUAUAUAUAAAAAAUUAAAAUAAAAUUGA